CGCAGAGCCGCUCGCAACCGGUAGCGCGUGUACCGUGCCCGCCGUCCACAACUGCCCGGCGUUCUUCGCUGUGUCCAGACGCCACCCGCGGGGUAGCUAGCGGCAGCCACUCCGUUGCCAUAGAGACGCAGACGCCGGUCGUCGGCGCGCCACGACGCCUGUUGUUCGGAGCUACGACGACGCCGAGGCGACGGAGACACUCUCGCGCAGCGCUGACCCGUGAAAAACCGCCAAAAUUUUUCCCCACGAUCUGAUACGCAUCCCUUCCGUCGCCGUGGAGAACAGAGGAUCCGUCACCCUGGAGUCCACGUGCCCCAAAAGGAAGAAUGUGAAGUGCGAGAUUCGAGGCGAGGCGGACGGCAAGGAGCCCAAGGACCUGACCGCGAGCACCAGAGCCAUGUUCCCCAGCUCGCAGAUCAAGAUGAGACUGCUGUCGCCGAGCAGUUCGCCCGCGACGUCGCCGACCAUGUCCAACUCGUCGUCGCCGACGCCGCAGCAGCCGCCGCCGCCGCUGCAGCCGUACAACCACAAGAUCACGGGCAUCCCGUGCGUGGCCGCCGCCUCCCGCUACACGGCGCCCGUGCACAUCGACGUGGGCGGCACCAUCUACACCUCCUCCCUCGAGACGCUCACCAAGUUCCCCGAGUCGCGGCUGGCGAAGCUGUUCAACGGCAGCAUCCCGAUCGUGCUGGACUCGCUGAAGCAGCACUACUUCAUCGACCGCGACGGCGGCAUGUUCCGGCACAUCCUCAACUUCAUGCGCAACUCGCGGCUGCUGCUGCCGGACACUUUCAGCGACAUCGACCUGCUGCUCGAGGAGGCCCGCUACUUCGACAUCGCCCCUAUGGUGAGGCAGCUGGAGCAGCUGCGCAAGGAGCGCCAGAAGAAAGCAGCGGCGGCGGCGGCGGCGGCAGCGGCGGCGGCGAGCCCGCAGGCGCUGGGCGGCGGCAGGGACCGCGGCGGGGGCGGCGGGGGCGGCGUGGGCGGCUGCGCCGACGACCCGGGCUGCUGCCACAACAGCGGCGCGCUGCAGCCGGGCCUGCACUACGAGUGCGUCGCGCUGCACGUCUCCCCGGACCUCGGCGAGCGCAUCGUGCUCUCCGGCGAGCGCGCCGUCCUCGACGAGGUGUUCCCCGAGACGUCGCAGGCGCUGAUGGACGCGCGGUCUGGCGCCGCGUGGAACGCGCACGACGCGCGCCACGUCAUCCGCUUCCCGCUCAACGGCUACUGCAAGCUCAACUCGGUGCAGGCCAUCACGCGGCUGCUCAACCGCGGCUUCAGCGUCGCCGCCAGCACCGGCGGCGGCGUCGAGGGCCAGCAGUUCUCCGAGUACCUCUUCGUCCGGCAGGCGCACCCGCUCUAGGCCCACGGCGCCUCCUGCCGGCUUCCGCCGUCACCGACUCACAGACUGCUGCGGUGGGGAGCGCACCUCGCCGCCACGCCCUCGAAUCGCGAGCUCCUUUCGGCGAUCAGAGCCUUUUAUAUUCCAGUUUUAAUACUCAUUUGACAUUCCUUCACACUGUCUGAAUGGGCACUAGCGUCAGUGCAAAAACUUGACAAAUUCCGUACAUUGUGAAUACGCAAGUAGAUACAUAGCAAACCGAGAAUUCAACCGGAGGAAAAGCAACUGAACGAUACUAUAUCAUAAGAGGGACGUUCAGUAACAAAUGAAACACAUUUUUUUCUGCUUUAUUCAGGACUCCAAUACACCAUACUAUUCCCUACUCUUUUGGUUACAGAAUCCUAUUUUUCAACGUAAUCUCCGUUUGGUGCGACGGCCUUAAGCCACCUUACUGGGAGGACCUGUAUGCUAGCAUGGUACCGCUUUACUGGUUGACAUCGCAGCUAACGUCUUGCUGCAUUAGAAACCUCCCCAUCAUUCAAGCACUCCUUCUCACGGAGUUCAUCCGUCAUCGAGCCAGACAGCUGGAAGUGGGAAUGUGCCUGAUCCGGGCAGUAGGGUGCGUGAGGAAGAAUAAUCCAGUGAAGUGUCGUGAGCUUCUCUCGUGUGCGCAGACUUGUGCAUGACUCUGCGUUGUCAAGGAAAAGGAUAAACUGCCUUUAAUUUUCGUCUAUGCAAUUACCGGUUUCGGUCCAUAAUGACUAUCUUCAGAUCUGUGUUUUAUAAAAACAAUGUCCUAAUGUACUUUAUUAAGAAAUUGUUUUUAUAAAACACAGAUCUGAAGAUGGACAUUAUAGACCGAUACCGGUCUAUACCUACCUAAUGUACUUUAUUAGGACACUGUUUUUAUAAAACACAGAUCUGAAGAUGCUCAUUAUAGACCGAAACCAGUAAUCUGUGAACAAAAGGUUUGUGACCAUAGACGUAAAUUAAAGCACAUAGAAUGUCGCAGCUUGUGAAAGGAUAAACUCGUUGGAAUUUUUGUGGCGCCAAACACGCUCAAGUCAUUUCUUCAACUUCUUGAGGGUAGUACAAUACACGUAGAAGUUGAUCAUUCCACCACGGUGGAGGACAUCAAACAGAAUAACCCCAUCAGUCACAGAAGAGCGUCGUCAUGACUUUACUGGCUGAGCGUGCGGCUUUGAACUUUUUCUUCGGAUAGUAGAUGGUGUGUCGUCACUCCAUGGAUUGCCGUUUUGCAUCCGGUCCAAAGUGAUGAACCCAUGUUUCAUUCCCUGCCAGCAUCAGCUUCGUAACGCACAAGCAGUUCCGCGCAGAUGGUCUUCGUUGCUCUUGAUGGUACUCUGUAAGGCGGAGAGCGAUCCAGCCGGUACACAUCUUUUAGUAUCCCAACUGGUGGACGAGUGUGUCAGAUAUGUCCAGUUGAGCAGCGAGGUGUUUGAUUGUGAUCCGUCGAUCACCUCGGAUGACAGUGUCAGCAGGUUCCAGCAUUGCAGGAGUGAUAGCUAUGUGCAGCCGGCCCGUACGCGGCAGAUUCGACACAAUUGAGCGACCUUGUUGCUAUGAUGACAGACGCCUCGCCCAACGAUUCUUCAUGCUUUUGUUACUGCCAGGUCUCCUUAGACACACUACAAGCGCCUAUGAAUAUCUGCGAUGGUCUGGUUUUCCGCCAAAAGAAUCUCAAUGACAGUUCUCUGGUUGGAACACUCGAUUUUGAAGGCCACUAAUAGCGCCUUCGCCUAUUCGAAUUUCGUGAAACUGUAGGGGCUGAAACGGGAAUAUUCCUCGAUGCCCCCCAAUGUCUUGCUGCAUCAACAGAAAAAAAUGUGUUGCAUUACUUAUGAACACCCCUCGUACAUCACACACACACACACACACACAGUUCCUCUUCUGUGGUGUUCUAUAAAGAGAUACAAAAUAUUGUAACGGAUUUGAGACCUAAUUCAUGAAGCGGACAGAGACAUUUAUGGUUGAACUAAACCGAACAAUGCGUAAAGCGCGUGCUGUUUCCGUUAAAACAAUCCUGUCAAUUACAGCACUUUUAACGCAGUUGCUCCAGUUAUGAUUCAUUCCAUUAAUGUUAGUGUAUCGUUUUUAGCAACGUAAUUAUUUCUCUAGCAGCAAUUCCACGGUUUUUUAUCGUGAAAACUGUUUAAGAUAUGAACGAAUACUAACGAAACACACUACUGGCACGACCUUCAAAUAGUAUUAUCAGAACGCCGUAGGCUUUCGAACAAAACUGUCUGAAGACCAUUUCCUUGCACACUAGGCAAAAUAUUAUUAGCCGGCCACGAGUAUUAAUGCACUAAAUCAUCGAAAAGUUUGAAAUUACAUUCGUAAACGUUUCUCGGAGGUCUUUAGUUUGUCACCUUUUAAAUCGUCGUUUGUAAAUAGAUAUCAUCGAUCGCAAUUUCCUUAAUUUCUUAGUAAUGCUUCUCAAGACCUUAAUUCUAACACACUUUUUUUUGUACAUUACACCCCAUCAUUCUAACACUAAAAUAGUUUUCUGUUAUUGACUUACAUAGGCGUUACGGAUCAAACUGACUUCUAUCAUUAAGUACAAAACUCGAUAUUCUCGACUCAUUUCAUAGCAGGAAAAUUUCGUAAACGCUACGUUUAUCUCCCUGUUGUAUAGACGAGAGCUCGUACUACUGCGCAGGAGAGGGAAGACAUGUGGACCACGUGGUGAUCUCAUAUUAGAAACUCCUUCCGGGGCUGAGAAGUGAGAAAGGAGAGCUAGGAGUGCGAUGCGGGGCGCUGCUUCCUGUGCCACGAGCCGGGACCCGAACUGGCCCUGUCAUAAUUGUUGUUCUGUGACAUAGGGUUAUAACAGAUCAGUUCACAUCUCAAAUAAUAGAUCUUUGUGUAAAUGUAGCAUAUAGAAAAUAUUGUUUGUUUUUAAAGUAUAUAACUUCUAUCGCAAUAAGAAACAAUUGUGCCAAUCUGUACCGAAACUGUACAAUUAAAUCUUUGACAUAAUACUAAA